AUGGACAGAAGAAUCAAGCUUGUCUUCAUCUUCUUCUUGUUCUUAUCAGUCUCAUGUUUCAGUGUGACAUUGGCCGAUUCGAGAGUAAAAAAAGGGAAUCCAUUUACUGCAAGAGCUUCACUUGUUAGGUACUGGAAGAAACACAUUUCCAAUAACCUUCCAAAACCCUCAUUUUUGCUGUCCAAAUCUUCACCACUCUCCGCCGUGGAUUCGGCUUUCUUCACCAAACUCGCCACUCAAAAUGCUCUAUCUUCCCACUUGCCCGCCUUCUGCGCCACCGCGGAUUUGUUCUGUCUUUUAGACUCAAAACCAACCCUACAAACCCACGAGGAUGAUCCCAACUUUGCUCACUACACAAAUAAAAAUUUUGCAGCCUAUGGAUCCUCUAGUCUUGGUGGGGUUGACGUAUUCAAGAAUUACUCUCAAGGUGUCAACUUUGCCACAGGUUCAUUCGCCCGAUACAGCCGUGGGUCGACUGGUCAUAACGAGAACUUCGCCGGCUAUGCCGAUGAUGGGAAUGUGGCCAGCUCCAACUUCUCCUCCUACGCUUCCUCCGCAACUGGUGGCGCUGGAGAUUUCAAGACCUACAUGCCGAGGGUUAACGUUCCAGAUCUUCGUUUCACUUCAUAUGACUCGGACGGAAAUGAUCAUAAACUAUCUUUUACAAGUUAUGUGGAUGACACCAACUCAGGAAACCAAGCAUUCACAAACUAUGCCAAGAAUGGCAACGGAGUGCCUGUCGAAUUUACUAACUACGGAGACACGUCCAAUGUUAUUGGGUCGACAUUCACAGGCUAUGGCGAGUUGGGAAAUUCGGCUAAUGAUUCGUUCAAGGGUUAUAGUACUAAUGCUAAUAACCCUACGAACAAUUUUAAAAACUACGGCAAUGGUGGAAAUGGAGGUAUCGAUACGUUUACAAGUUAUAGAGAUUCGUCUAACGCUGGGACUGAUACGUUUCAAUCAUAUGGGAAGAAUUCGAACACGGGGAAGACGAAUUUUGUGAACUAUGGAAAAUCAUUUAAUGUAGGGUUUGAUACAUUCAAAGAGUAUGCUAAAGGGGCAGUAGGUCAAAUUGUUGGAUUCAAGAUUUAUGGUUUAAAUACUACAUUCAAAGAGUUUGCUAAAAAGGGUGUCACAUUUGCUCAAUAUACUAAGCCUUCUGGUUCUUCCAAUGAUGAUUCCAUAAAGGUCAGUGGCAAACCUGUAAAUAACCACGUAGAGGAGGGCAAAUUCUUUCGAGAAAGCAUGCUGAAAGAAGGGACUGUAAUGAAAAUGCCCAACAUUCGUGAUUGGAUGCCGAAAAGGUCGUUUUUGCCCCGGACCAUUUCAUCGAAAUUACCAUUUUCGACCAAUGAGCUUUCCGUGCUUAAACAAGCUUUUCAUGCACCCGACAACUCCACCAUGGAGCGCGUGUUGAUGAACGCUCUGACAGAGUGCGAGCGGGCACCCAGCCAGGGUGAGACCAAGCGGUGCGUUGGAUCGGCCGAGGACAUGAUCGAUUUCGCUAUAUCGGUCCUAGGCCACAAUGUGGUGGUGCGAACAACUGACAAUGUGAAGGGGUCGAAGCAAGACGUGAUGAUCGGGAAAGUCAACGGAAUAAACGGUGGUCGAGUAACGGAAUCAGUCUCGUGCCAUCAAAGCUUGUACCCUUACCUACUCUAUUACUGCCAUUCAGUUCCUAAAGUGAAAGUAUACGAGGCAGACAUUCUUGAAGUAAAGAGCAAGGCUAAAAUAAAUCAUGGUGUAGCUAUUUGUCAUCUUGACACGUCAACAUGGAGUCCAAAUCAUGGUGCAUUUUUAGCUCUAGGGUCCAGGCCUGGACUCAUUGAAGUGUGCCAUUGGAUUUUUGAGAAUGAUAUGACUUGGACCACUGCUGAUGAUUGA